CCUUCACUCAACUCAGAGGAACUAACACAUUGUUGGAUCCUCAAUGGCUAGGCCAUUCUCCUCUUCUUCUCCCAUCUCAAUCUUCUUUGCAAUCCUUCUCCUAUCAAUCAACACCAUUAGCUCAUCCAGAGGCUCCCCGGAUGAGGCAGCGACGGCAUUCUUCAUCUUUGGCGACUCCAUUGUUGAUCCAGGCAACAACAACUACAUCGAGACCACCCCGGAGAAGAAGGCAAACUACCACCCGUAUGGUCACAACGGGUUCUUUGACAAGCCCACCGGACGCUUCACCGAUGGCCGGGUGAUUGUAGAUUUCAUUGCUGAAUACGCAAAACUUCCAAUCAUUCCUCCAUUCUUGCAACCUUCUGCCUCGUUCAUUAAUGGUGCUAAUUUUGGGUCUGCUGGAGCUGGGAUCCUGCCUGAAACCAAUCAAGGCCUGGUAAUUGACCUUCAGACACAACUCAAGCAAUUCGAUGAGGUUCGGAGCAACUUAACGGAAGAGUUGGGUGUUGAGAAAGCAAGAGAGCUUAUAUCACAAGCAGUUUAUUUUAUUAGCAUCGGUAGCAAUGACUACAUGAUCGGAUAUAUCCUUAACCCUACAAUGCGUGAGGCAUACCCUCCCGAGGAAUUUGUUAGUAUGGUGAUUGGCAACUUAUCACAAUCAAUCCAAGCAUUGUAUGAUAAAGGAGCUAGGAAGUUUUGUUUUCUGAGCUUAUGCCCCUUGGGCUGCUUACCUGCACUUAGAGCAGCAAACCCUAAAGCAGAUGGAGGAUGUUUUGAGGAUAUCUCUGCACUUGCUUCUGCUCAUAACAACGCAUUGGCAGCUGUGCUCACCAGCCUAGCACAUAUUUUUAAAGGGUUCAAGUAUGCUAAUACUGAUUUCUACAGUUGGCUCAAGGAGAGAAUCCAUAAUCCAUCCAAAUAUGGUUUCAAGGAUGGAGUGAAUGCUUGCUGCGGGGCUGGGCCAUAUAGAGGAGUCUUCAGUUGUGGGAAGACAAAAGAAGGGAGUGACUACCAAGUAUGUGACAGCCCUGAGGACUACGUUUGGUGGGAUUCCUUCCAUGCAUCCGAGAGGAUCCACGAGCAAGUGGCUAAGCUACUAUGGAGUGAUCCACCCUCCUCAGUGGGGCCAUACAAUCUAGAGAAGCUAUUCUUCGGUGAGGAGAAGCUCAGAAUUGCUGAUGUAGUGGACGAGGGAGAUGGCUUGGGGGAUUUUGGUACCUUAGCAUGAUGGUGUGCCACGUUUCUCUUUAGAUUAGCAACUGCUGCUACGGUGUUUCAGCAUCUCAUAAAGAGAGAGAAACUUGUACCUCAAAAAAAAUAAUAAUAAAGAGAGAGAAACUCCUGGUAACUUCCAACGUGCUUUGAUUUGAUCAUAGCAUGGAGUUCUUAUCAAUGAAAUAUGGUUGGAGUUUCCUAUCUUGACCUCUACAUUUUAAAAAGCAAAGAGAAAACUAGGAGCUUGCUUCACCUUUACCUUGAAUAAAAGAGAAAACAAGAAAUGAGAAAGA